UAGUGCUUUACUGGACGCUAGUUCGUGCUAUCUCCACGCUCAAGCUUUUUGCUCCACCUGUAGCUAACAGUAGGUGUCCGCACGCGUUCUGCGGUUCAUCGUAAGCCUGCCGGUGAACAGCUGCUCAAGACGCGCCGCCUGGACUCCACGUGGUCCUAAACCGCAGAGCGUUCUCCGACAUCUAAGAGAGCAAGAGGCGCCUGCUCGCACCAAUGGCGAUGGCCUUCGCGAGAAUGGCGCGCCAGCGCCACGUCGUCGGUCCGGCGCUCCUCGCCGCUUCCACCAUUGCAUUCGUGCCGCGCGCGACGGUCUGCCGAGGUACUACUGAUAGGUUCUUCGCGUCCCAGCAGGGCGGCUCCGAGGAAGACGACGUCGCGCGCUUGCGCCGCGAGAAUGCUGAAUUGAAAAGCAAGCUCGCGCGACAAAAGGAGCCCGAGGGCGGCGGUUUUCUGGACGGCCUCGCGAAGACCUUCGGCUUCGGCAAGACGGAGGAAGAGAAGGCCCUCGAGAAGCAGAAGCAGCAGAUGGACAACGCUAUUGAUGAAGUGUUCAAGGGCGGUGGGUUGGUAGGAGGCCUCAUGGGGUCUUUAGCCAAGGGCGUCGUGGGCGCGGCCGGUAAAAUGUUCGCGGAGACUCAAGGUGAUAUGGACUCCGUGCUACGGGCCAUCGAAAACCGGCUCCGAGAUCGACUGGGCGACGACGUGCAGUGCGCGAUGCCCAUGCAGCAGAUGUACUCGUCCUCUUCUAUAAAUGGGAACGUCGUCAAGCAGGUGCAGCUCGUAACACAAGCACAGGGGUCGCGCGGCAGUGGCGUCGUGCGCGCGACGGCCUCGAUCGACGGCGCGGGCAACGUUUCUAUAAAUUCCCUCGACGUCGACGGGAGCAGCGUCGCCGGGUCCGUGCGCGGCUCUAGUGGAGGCAAGAACGAUGUGAUCAUCGAUGUGUGAUAGCUCGGGGGCGUAAACCUUUGGGCC